AUGUCAAAAAAUUAUUACACAAUAUUAGGAGUUAGUCAAAAUGCAACUCCGACAGAAAUAAAAAAGGCUUAUCGCAGAUUAUCCAAACAAUAUCACCCCGAUAAAAAUCUUGAAAUUGGUGAAGCAUAUGAGGCUUUAACAAGAACUUCAACAGCCUCUUCUACCGCACCAAGAAGCGGAUAUUUUUCUAAAAAGUCUGGUUUUGACCCCUUUGAGGAAGUUGAAAAAAAGUUUAGAGAACGUGAAAGAGAAAUGAGGGAUAGAGAUGAAAAAGAGGAAAAAGAAAGAGAAGAAAGAGAACGGCAAACAGCAGAAGAGAAGGAAGUAAAAAUCCGAGAGGUAGAACAAUUUUUUACCGAGUAUGGGGUUUCUAUUUCUGAAUUAAACAGUGAUUUAAAGAUUGAAAUUAACCGAGUCGCUGCUAAAAAAAAUUAUUAUUAUUCGCCCCGAGAAAAUUCUAAUGAACCUCAACAUCAUUAUCAUUUCCCUCCCAAUGGAAAAGGAGAAUAUGAUGAUUUCAGGGAUAAACACGAUAAAGGACAAGGAUAUUCUCCCCAUGGUUAUGAUAAGGAUAACCAAAGAGAAAGAUUUGAACGAGGACCCUCUUUUGUCAAUGAUUUAGAUGAGAAAAUUAAUUGUUUGAGGAAAGAAAUUGAAUUUCAAAAAGAAUUAUUGGCUAAAAAUAAUUUUUCAGAAGAUGAAAAACGAAAGCAACAAAAAAUUAUUUACAAUUUGGAACAAAGUUUUGCAGAAUUAAAAAAUAUACAACAAGAAACCGAAAUCGAACGAUUGAAAAAAGAUAAAGGUCAAACCCAAGAUACCCCAGAGCAAAAACAAAAACGACGAGAACUAGCCCAACGAGAGGAUGAAUUAAAUCAGUUAGCAAAAGACAAACAAGAACAAUUAAUUAACCAAGUCAACCAGUUGAAAACUGAUAAAACCAAAGCAAAGGAAUUAAAUGAUAGCAUUAGUGAAUUAAAAAACCUAAUUCAAAAAUUAGAUAAAGAAGUUCAAGAAUUAAGUGCUGAAAUUUCCCAACUAAGAAAUAAAAAUGAUAAUUCUCCGGAAAAUCAGGCUUAUUUAGUCUUUGCAGAAAAUAUUUUGAAAGAUAAAACUUCCCAGUUAGCCCAGUUAAAAGGUGUUAUCAAUUCUAAUUCUCAAAAUACAGGCAAAAAUGAUAAUGAUUUUCCUAUUAGUUUGGUGAUUAUUGGUGGUGGAGUUUUAUUGGCAGUAAUAGGAAUUAUAGCAUUGGUUGCUAUCAAAAAGCGAAAAAUGAAAAAAUUUUCCCGCUAG